AUGUAUGAAAGUGAACCAAUGUAUGUUGUGAAUCAAUCUCAAUUCCUCAACACCGCUUGUAAGAUUUCAACACCGUUAGACCCUUUUGAUCUUCUUAAUGUGCUGAAAUCUAUCAAAAAGAGCUAUGGAAGAGAUCUUGAUACAAGUCAAAGUAACGGACCACAACCUAUCGAUAUUGAUAUUUUAAUGUUUGAUUCACAACUCACCAACAAAGAUCAUUUAAAGAUACCCCAUAUUGGGAUUAUUGCAGCUCAUGUACUACAUCCACAACAUUGUGUCACUAUUGGUUCUCUUCUAUCACGUCUUACAAAAUCAGAACCAUCAACAUGGUUCAUCUUUGAACCAUCUGAUGUGAUUCAAAAAUCUCUAAAUCAAAUCAAGAAUGGUACAGAUAUAAUUGAUAUUGGUGGAAUGUCUACUAGACCUGGUGCAGAUGAAGUCACAACUAAAGAAGAAAUUUGUAGAACUGUUCCGGUGAUUCAAGCUCUAAGAGAAACUCAUGAUGUAAAAUGUCAUAUUAGUAUUGAUACUUUCAAGUCAGAUGUUGCUAGAGCUGCUGCUGGGGCAACAAUAGUAAAUGAUGUAUCAGGUGGUCAAGCAGAUCCAAAUAUGUUAACAACAGUAGCUAAACUAGGAGUACUUAUCGUCCUAACGCACAUGCGUAGUGAUCCAAAAACAAUGACUAGUCUGAUUGAUUAUUUUUUUUCUUCUUCUCUUGUAUAG